AUGACUAUCGUGACCAUCCUGAAAGACAAGGUUAAGAAACUGUUAAUUGUUUGGCUGGAGGAUCAAAAUCAACAACGUGCUCCUGUAAGUUUAGGCAUAAUUCAGGAAAAGGUCAGGAGACUUUAUGACGAUCUAAAGAAACAAAAGGGGGAGAGUUCUAAUGCUGAGCCUUUUAAUGCAAGUAGGGGGUGGUUGAUGUGUUUUAAAACCAGGGCCAAUUUGCACAACAUCAAGGUCUCAGGUGAAGCGGCCAGUGCUGAUGAGGUGGCAGCUCGUGUUUUUCCUGAGACACAGGCUGAGAUCAUUGAAGAGGGUGAGGAUUGUGCUCAGCAAGUUUUUAAUGUUGAUGACACUGGGCUCUUUUGGAAAAAAAUGCCGUCAAGAACCGACAUGGCCAAAGAGGCGAAAUCCAUGCCAAGCUACAAAGCUGCUAGAGAUAGGCUCACUCUUUUGCUCAGUGCAAAUGCUGCAGGUGACUUUAAACUUAAACCUUUGCGGUCAGAAAACCCCAGAGCUCUCCAGGGAUGUUCCACGGCAUUUCUCCCAGUGAUAUGGAAACCCCAUCCUAAGGCACGGGUCAAUAGGAACAUUUUCGAGGAUUGGUUUAAUCAUCAUUUUGUGCCACAUGUCAGGGAUUAUUGCAGCAAAAAUAAUCUGGCAUUUAAAGCAUUGUUAAUCCUCAACAAUGCUCCUGGUCAUCCAGCCAUCCUUGAUGACGUGCAUCCUGACAUCAAAGUGGUGUUUCUGCCCCCAAACACCACCUCAUUGUUGCAGCCUGUGGACCAGGGGGUAAUUGCAUCCUUCAAAGCCUACUAUCUUAGGAGCACGUUUGCCCAGGCCAUCAGGGCAACUGAGAAGGAAGGUGGACCAACUCUGAAGGAAGUCUGGAAGGUCUUCAACAUUUACCAUGCAGUUAAGAACAUUGAUGAGUCAUGGAAUGAAGUCAAACAAUCAGAUUUGAAUGGUGUUUGGAGAAAAUCAUGUCCUGAUUCUGUGUCUGACUUCCAAGACUUUAUAGACACUGUUGAGGAGGUGACCAAAACUAUUGUUGAAAUGGGCAAAGAACUCAACUUAGAUGUUGCACUAGAGGAUGUUGAGUUCUGA